AUGCCUUAUAAAGAUAUUGAAAAAAAGAAAGAAUAUCAAAGAAAAUUAAUGGCCGAGAGAAGAGCCAAAAUUAAAGAACUGAAAAAUGUUAGUCCCGUUAGUCCCAAUGAAAAAGCGUUAGACCCUAAUUUAAACGUGAUACCUGAAAAUCAAAAAAAGGAUGUGAUACCCGUUAUUUCCGAAGCAAUUGCCGACUUUGGUUUAAAGUCCAGUUCAAAUGUGAUACCAGAUUUAAAUGUUAUACCCAUCAAACCCGCAAGCCCCGUUUGUGAAACUGAGACAAGAGAACACCGACGAGUACUUGUGUCUGUUGAAAAUAGUAAGCCCAAGUUGAUUGCGGACACCACUAAUUUAGUGGUUGCCGAACCACUAGUAUUAGAAUCGGUAGCAAAAGUAAGUGUCAACCUAAAAAAAGAGGUGGACGAAAAUGCAGAAGCCUUAAGCAAAGUAGAACCCAAAAUUGUUAACCAAGUAGAACUCGAAUUAGCACCAAAUGUCGAAUCCGUUAACGCCAACAAAAAUAAAAAUAAGGCCGAACGAGAGGAACAAUCCAAAUCAGAGGUAAUCAAGAUUAGUCGUGUUGUUCCUGACGAAUUUCUUAGUAAAACAGAUACUUCAAGAAAAAUGGUUGAAGGCAAAGAAUAUGUUUAUAUUAAUGGCCGUUGA